AUGCUCUUUGCACAGAUCAAGAGUGCUUUUUGGCCACAUGAUGAGGUGGUUGAGGCAUGGUUGGGCAAUUCAAGCCGGAACAAACGAGACCUUGGGACCAUCGUGUUUGUCAUUGAUGAGGUUAGCAAGUGCAUAGAACUGGCUCGCGGGAUCUCUGCAACGCAAACUGAUAUCUACACCACGCUAGAGCAGAAGUAUUGCCUCUCUGCUCAGCUUGUCAUGGCAGGAACGGCUGCUGCAUACAUUCUGGGCACUCCAGGUACAAGUGUGCUCAGUACCGAUCCAAAAGCGGUUUGCUUGACGCACGUUGGCCUCGUCCAAGGCUCGAAAUAUCUCGGCCGCCUGCUGACACAGUUAGACAACCAGACGGGCGUGCACUUGAAGGACUUGCAAGUCGCGUCCGUGCGCCCAUACCUCAGCAAUGCCCGAACGGCAUGGUUCCUGAUUGAAACGCUGCGGAGUUGUUUUGCUUGGGCACCAAAGGAUGUCAGCCGCAAGAUGGCAGGCUCAAUUUGGAAGCGCUACCCAGCAGCCACGGGCUGCUAUGUGCCCUUGAUGUACAGAACAACGAACGCCUUGCAGCGAUUGAAGACUGCUGAAGAGCGUGAAGGCAUUGCCAACCGGGCGCUCAAACUUUUGAUGCACGCCGACCUUCUGACACCAGACACGAUGCCGACGCUUCGGGAAGCUGUAGAGUGUGUAAGCCUUGGGCUGUGCAAUGUUUCAAAUUAUAGCCAAGCCCAAAGUCUCCUUGCUCAAGAUGGGCAAAGCAAGACGUAUCGGGAUGACCUCAUUUUCCAGUCUUCACCCGCUUUGGCACACAUGCUGUUGGCAGCUUUCGAUGUGCCGGAGGUAGUCCCGCAGGACAGGGAUUCGCUGGAGGCAGUCAUAAUGGAAGCGGAAAGACGCUUCUCAGAGGUGCUGACGGGCCGGAAGGCCAUCGCUUUGACUCUACCGCAUGCGCUGCCUCCGCAGCUUAACCAGCAGAACAUGACAGGCCUGCCGCUAGAACAGUUUAAGGAGAUUCUGGCAGCAUUGAAUGCCAGCAGACAGUGGUGCUGCGCAAUGGGCCCAGUGCUCAAGGUGCUGACAUUAUCGUUCUUCGGAGGAAGCAUGGAAGCAAUAUGCCCUUGGUUCGCCUGA